AAUGCAGGUUUUAAACCAUUCACUUGUGAAAUUUGUGGGAAAGGAUUUCACCAGAAAGGAAACUACAAAAAUCAUAAACUGACACACAGUGCGGAGAAGCAAUACAAAUGUCACAUCUGUCACAAAGCAUUCCAUCAGAUCUACAACCUCAGCUUUCAUAUGCACACGCAUCAAGCACAAAAGCCAUUUUUAUGUCACUUGUGCGGCAAAGGAUUUUGUCGGAACUUCGAUCUAAAGAAACAUGUGCGUAAAUUACACCCGGACUCGGAAGAUUGGUUUCAAGGAUUACGGGACAACAGCAGACGUUCAGAUGAACGACUAGAAGAUGCAUAUAUGUCCAACUCUACCAAUCGAUACCGAUCCGGAACCAGUUCUUCAAGCGGUCUAAUACCGUCCACGACUCGCCUGCUAAACUCAGCGCAUACAAGUCAACCUCAACCUAGUCAUAUACAGAAUCCUGAGGAGCUGGCUCUGCACAAUCGUUCCCCUGAGAGCUUUAUGGCACGUCGAAUUUCGACCGAGUUCAGGACUACUUUGUCUGUACAGUAUCCACUAGCAUAUCAUCAGCUUACCGUCUGGACUGAUGAGUACACCAAGCACCUUCCCUUUCACGAGCACAAUAUACUUCCCUCUCCUCCAAAGGACUAA